GCACGCUGAUCUAUUUUGUGUCAAGCUCGCUCUGCCGUUAGACAGCUCUGCUCAAUGCACAGUUUCCCGAGAGGUUGCCACAUUUGAUGAUCUACACAACAGUGAUGUAUCGAACGACGGAAAUAACCACUUCGCGCUCACGCUAGCUGACGAAAUUUUCCCAGAAAUUGGAAACAAAGCAACCGAAAUUGACAUGAACGUUCGCAUUUGGCGUACAUUUGAACUUCCCUCUUUUAACAGUAGAUUUUUUCAUCAUGUGAAAAAACUGACAAUUCAGCAAACUCAAUUGAGUUUCCGAGAUAAUAAUAUCGCAUAUCAACUUGCACAGCUAUGCUUCAAUGUCGAGGAGCUGACAUUGAUAAAAAUGGACACGCUGGGUCAAACAGAUGGGUUUGAAGUCAAGUUUCUCGAAAAAAUGCCCAAGGUCACUUCGUUCAAAUGCAACAAACUGAAUUCCUUGACUUUAAUAAAUGGUCCAAUAUUGGAUCGGAUCACAACGCUUCAGUUAGACGAUUGGGGUAACAAUCCAGAUGUCCCGAGGUGGUGCCUUUCAAACAAAUGCCCAAACUUGAUCAACCUCACGCUUCGCAGACCUUUGGAGACGAAAAAGCCUAAAAAAACAGCUCAUCCCUUCAAGAUUCCGCCUAAAUUAAAGACUCUUAAGGCCAAUGCUAGUUUUCUAUCUCGCACUGUCUGCGAUUUAGUUUCUAAAUUGGAAGAACUUUACAUCAUAUAUGAUGAAUGUGAUUUGAAAUCAUUGAAAAAAUUGAUAAAAUCGGGGGACUUAUCCUCGUUGAGAAUAGUCAACAUUACUGUGAGUAGAUCACUGCAGCCUUACUCUCCUCGGAAAAUAUGGAAACUCGCUUGUUACAUUCUGAAAGCAAGACCGGCGCUCAAAGUGUUAAGUGUCCGAAGUCUCACUUCAAACUGCCAUGGCGAUCCCGACUAUCAACCACUUUGCCCAAUUCAGUUCGCUAAAAUAGCCUCUCAGAAAGUGUUCUUUUGGAGACGAAGUGCGCAAACAUUCAGCACUACGUUGCUGUACUUCAAUUUUUUCGAAAACAUAGUCAAAAACACGUUGGACCAGGCCACGAUUAGAAGACUCGAUGAGUUGGACUUGAAAUACGAGUGGAACCUCAGAUCAGGGCCUUGUUCCAGUCAUUACUCAAGUCUGCUCGUUUCAGCUUUUUGAGAAAAGGGCACACAUAUACAUAACAUUUUUUCGUUAUGAGAAUGAAGACGCAAUAGCAUAUCUUGAAAAUUUAGU